AUGAACGAACCGCUGCCACCACUGACUCCGGCCCACUAUGCGCCACGGGGCCGCCACCACCUCCGGUCCGUGUCCGCUUCUUCGCCGGCACACCAACGGAACACGGACGAUCUCCUUUCCAACCUCACGCCGCGGACCAUAGUCGACGCCUUCCAGAGCCCUUCGGGCAGUCUGAAAGCCUGUAUAGACGCCGCCACCCCUGCCGAGCAGGCAUUCGCCUUGAGGGUAGCGAUCGCGUCUAAUACCAUUUACGAAUGGCUUGAGGAGCUGUCUGCGUGGCCAUGGCCUACCCAAGGGGGCUCCGUCGGCUUCGAGGCCCCUGCCCAAGAGCGGAGGGGCUUCUCUCGUUCCAGCGACGGCUUCUCGGAGAAGGAGCCCCUCGAAGAGGAAGAGUUCUACAUGGGGAGUCUCCUGGCGCGUGACGUUGCAAGAUACGAUCGCCGGAUAGAUGAGAUUACCCAGAGACUAGAAGAUCUCGAAAUCGAAGAAAUCAAGACCCAAGUCUUGCACAACCACAUCAUGCCCCUGUCGAGGCCUGGGACACCCAUUCUGAGCUCGAGCUGUUCCACCGUGUCGUCCAUGUCUGCUAUGGCGCGGAUGGACGACUUGACAGCACUGAUCACCGCGGCCACCGUGCAAGCGUUACCGAACCUCUCUAAACUUACUCGGUUAAUGAGUUGUUGGAGCUUUCGGCUCCUGGUGCUCCGCCGAAUCCCUGUUUUCCUGGCCUCCAUCGCAGAUGCCGAAGCGGCGCUUCAAUCGGGUCAGACUGCCAUCGAGCUCGGUGUCACGGCUAGCCCCGAGCCAAACAACCAGAAUGGCUCACAUAGUGUAGCGUCCCAGACUCUGUCGAGGGCAGACUUUGAGGUCAUGAAAUCGAUUCUGGAGCGCAAGGUGGCAAAGGCAGGCCGCGAUCUGGACGCCAUGCUAGACAUGCUCGAGGGACAACCGGAUACGCUCCCGGAAGAGUGGAUUGACCGCAUGGACGCCUUGGAGCAGGCAUACGGCGAGUGGUCCGUGGUCUGUGAGCGCAAGAUCAGGGAAACAGAUUGGGCUAGAACGACACGGGAGGCUGCAAUUCAGGCCGAUACCACACAGGCAGCAAUCAAUAAAACCGGUAGCACCACAAACGCUGUCAACGGGUUGGCGCACAGCGGACUACCGGCGUUUGAUGGCGGAGAAACUAGGCCUGGCUCAUCACCUCCCGAUGGCAGCGCCUCGCAAAACCGUGAUGCUGUGACAGAACUCAGCAAGCCGAUCAUCAAGCUGCAUCUCCCGGCAGAAGCCGGGAAUCACGCUAAUCAAGGCACCGUGGUGGAUCUUACUUCGCCAAUCGCCCAGAGCCAGGCGCGUCAGCGGGCAGGCGAUAUACCCAGGAGCAGUGAGUAUGAGCUUCCUAUAGCUGUGCACGAUAACCAGGACUCGGGGCUUGUUGCCACCCCGUUGUGCCCUUCAGAUCCUGAAUCUGACCUAUCCGACGCCUCUGACGGCUACGCAUAUCAACCAGAAUCGCCGUGUUUGUCUCGCGCCAGGCGGGGCAGCAACGUUUCGGAAUCAUCAACAAUCAUCCACGAAGCGCAGGUUUCGUUCACGGAUUCAUUCUCCAGUGACCAAUUCGAUCAAGGAACGCCAGAGCGUCCGCGCCGUGGCGAGAUGGAUGUUGGGGCAAGCGUCAAGGACGAGCUAAUCAUUCCAGACUCACCGACUCCAUUCCGGUCGAGCACUAGGUCAAUGUCCGUCAGCUUCAAUGACAAACCCACCAUCACGGAACUGCCCAGCUUCGACAGCGCACCCAGCACACCUACCAAGUCGCCACGUCUCCUGGAAGACGACGGCCCAGAAGAGGACCAAAGCAGUUUCUUUCAAAUGAGUGCACUUGAUACAGAUGAUCAGCUCCAGCAGCAGAUCAGCGAGAUCCUAGAGUCAGUGCCGGCUAAGAUCCGGCUGACUUCGGAGCCUCCUGCCAUCAACCUUAAUCCCCCGGACUUCAAAAUGCCCACUGCACACAAGGUACCCAGAUCCUCGGACGGCAAUGUUGUACGCCGCAGUCAAUCCAACAUAUCGAUGCGGUCUUCAAACUCGCGAUCGUGUACACCCUCGUUCACCCUCGCCCCGGCCUAUGCCCGCAGCUCCCGCCCCCGCCACCAUCGGGGUAAUCAAGACAUCAAGUUGUACCACCUCUCCCGCUCCAACGGGGAGGCGCCGAUCAAGCUGUUCAUCCGGUGCGUGGGUGGGCAUGGGGAACGCGUCAUGGUGCGCGUUGGAGGCGGCUGGGCCGAUCUGGGCGAGUAUCUGAAAGAAUAUGCAGCCCACCACGGCCGGCGAUCUACUGUCGGCGGCGACGGCGGGAAAGUGGAGGUCAAAGACGUUCCCCGGACGGGCAUGGGAGUUGGACUCGGAACUCCACCGAGCCGGCCUACGUCGGUGAUGGAUUCGAAUUCGCCUGAUGGCGGAAGCGGCGACAGCGUUAGCCCGCUGAGGAUGAGGAAAGUCAGGCGGCCGAUGCCUCCUCCUUGCCCUUCAGUCGAGGAUGACUCGGGAGCGGCUGGUACUUCGAUGCGGCCAAAAACCCCGCUGUCCUCAGCCGCCACUGCCAACAUUUCCCAGAACAAUGCGAUACGCCCCGGUCGGGAUUCGAAUACCAAGACAACAACGACACCUUCUCCGUCUAACGGUUCGUCCUCGGUCCGGUCCAGGUCCAGCUCCCGGAUUAGCUGGGAGGAGGAGGAUAGCUAUGAGCUGGGCAUGGCCGGGCCGAGGGCAAAACACAUCGAGAUGAGCGAGGAGAGCAGGGCGUGGGUGGAGAGCGUCAAGGAAAAGGUCCGCCUCGCCAGCGGCGAGCACAACAAGGACAGCAGCAUCAGGCCUUGGCCGAGGCCGCAUUCGGCUUUUGCUGGUGCCAGUGCUGGUGCUGUGCCGCAGAGAGCCAUUUCCCAGGAGGAAUUGACGCUGGACGGUGCCAGGUUUGGAGAGAUUGGCCGGGUCGGGGCUACCAAGAGGGUUUUUAGACGGGGCGGUUAG